AUGGAGAAUUUGGGACAAAUUGAGUCCAUAAGAGAUAAAAUUAAGUCUGCAUCUCGUCCUGCAAUACAGGAUGAAUCUAACGAAUAUCGAGCAAAGUUCGAAUACUCUAACAAUUUCAACGUUGGAGACCUAACCUCAAUGUGCAACGUGCUUGGUCUAUGUUACACCGGUACUAGAGAAGAGUUGCGGGUGCGUGUUAUUCGUGCACUCAUGGACGUCAAUAGUCUCGUACCAAAAGAAAGCCAAGACGAGGACGGAGAAGAAGACGAUGACGCUGAUGAAGACGUCUCUCAGCACAGUGAUAAUAGUCAAGGUGCAUCUCACGACAAUUCAGAUGAUCAAACAGAUAGUGAUCACUCUGAAAAUCGUAGACGUGAAAAACGGAAGAGAAGUAAGAUAAAUUUUGCUGUAAAUUUUAAGGACGUGGAGGACUCAGUCCGUACGUUUGAUGGAAGUGAUGAUUAUCCAGUUGAGCGAUGGAUUGCCGACUUUGAAGAUACCGCUAUGUUAUUUGAAUGGAACAGCAUGCAGAAAUUAGUUUUUGCGAGAAAGCUUUUAAAAGGCGCAGCCAAGACCUUUUUGCAAAGUGAAGGUGUAGUUAAAAACUGGAAAAAACUCAAGACGAUACUCGAAGAUGAAUUCAGUUCCAAAAUCAGUAGUGCCGAGCUACAUCGAAUGCUUGCAACCAGGAAAAUGAAAAAAGAAGAGAACGUACAAGAAUAUUACUUAUCCAUGAAGGAGCUUGGUUCACGAGGUAACAUUGACAAGGAAUCUGUCAUCCAAUAUAUCAUUGAUGGAAUUACCGACGAAGAGACCAAUAAAGUACUGCUAUACGGAGCAAAGGAUUUCACUGAUUUCAAGGAACGUUUACGCACUUACGAGAAGAUGAAGCUAGCACAAGACAGAAAGACAACGAAAAGUAAAGAGUCUGCAAAGAACAAAGAAGAUUCAUCAAAACAGGUGAAAAAAGGCGCUAAAGAGUCAUCAACUAAGACAUUAAUUUGCUAUAAUUGUGGUGCUAACGGCCACAAGGCUAAUACAUGUAAAUUUAAAGAUCAAGGAAAGAAAUGCUUUAGAUGUAAUAAAUUUGGGCAUGAAUCAUCCAAUUGUACUGUUGACAAUUCAAAAAGUAAAACUUCCGUAGAAACAAAAACAGCAGUAAAUUUAAAUAUUGAGUCUAAUAAUUCUAUUGAGCGUAUGUGCAAAGAAAUUACUAUUAACGAUGUUAAGAUUAAUGCAUUAAUUGAUACGGGUAGUCAACUUUGUUUAUUACGCGAAGACAUUUAUUCCAGAUUAAAUUCUAAAGAUUUGCUAAAAUCAUAUAUUAUGAUAACUGGAAUUGCACAAGGCAAGGCUAAAACUCUAGAGGAGGCAAACACUAAUAUAGAUCUUAUUAUUGAUAAAGACGUUAAAGAAACAAUUGAUAAUUUAAUUACGUCAUAUGAGCCUAAAAGAUGCAAAAGCACUAAUAUAGAAUUGUCAAUUGUACUUAAAGAUGAAUCUCCUAUCUAUCAAAGACCGUAUAGAACUUCAAUUCAAGAGAAAGAAAUUAUUGAAAAAGUUGUAGAUGAGUGGGUCAAGGAGGAAAUUGUAGAACCUUGUUCGUCAGAAUUUGCAAGUCCAGUACUAAUUGUUAAGAAAAAAGAUGGUUCCCCGCGUGUAUGCGUUGACUAUCGCAGAAUUAAUAAAGUUAUUGUUAAAGAUAGAUUUCCAUUACCACUUAUCGAAGAUCAGAUUGAUCAGUUGGUAGAAGCUAGCAUAUUCAGUACCAUUGAUUUAACAAAUGGAUUUUUUCACGUAUCUGUUGCGAAAGAAAAUGACCUAAUUAUUGUUUCGUCGGAUAUAAAGCAAGGCAUUGAGCAAUUAAAAUUAGUAUUGCAUAUAGCUAGUGAGUAUGGUUUAGAGAUAAACAAAAAAAAGUGUCAAUUUAUGAAGACUCGUAUUACAUUCUUAGGCUAUAUAGUCGAAGCCGGUCGUGUAUAUCCGUCUCCCGAAAAAAUAACAGCAGUAUUGCACUUUCCGGAACCUCGUAAUGUAAAAGACGUGCAAAUAUUUUUAGGAUUAACAGGAUAUUUCCGCAAAUUUAUAAAAUCCUACAGUAUUAUAGCGAAACCUCUCAGUGAUUUGUUACAGAAGGAUGAUAAGCCGUUCAAUUUUGAUGUUGCAGAGAAACAAGCUUUUGAUCAAUUAAAAGAGUUGCUAGGCAAAAGUCCUGUCUUAGAAAUAUUUAAUCCUAAAUUAAAAACAGAACUGCACACGGAUGCAUGUCGUGAUGGCUUUGGUGCUAUCCUUCUGCAACGAAAUCCUAAUGAUAAUAAGCUACACCCAGUGUACUACUUCAGUCGUAAAACAAGCGUUGCUGAACACUGUGCUGCUCUUAGACAAACAAUGGAUAAAAUAAAACUAUGCCCUAAAAUAGCGAGAUGGGCUACAGCGUUAGAGGAAUAUGAUAAGGUCAUUGAACAUCGUUCUGGUUCUCAAAUACGGCAUGUUGAUGCACUAAGCCGAUAUCCUGUAAUGAAUAUAGUUGAGAAUUCUAUUUCUGUUAAAAUUAAAGAAGCACAGAGAAAUGACUCAGAACUGAAAGCCAUUAUAGAGGUACUUAAACAUAAAGCUUAUGACGAUUAUCUUUUACGAAAUGAUGUUUUAUACAAAUAUAAGGAUGGUCAAGAAUUAUUGGUUCCACCAAAAUCUAUGUAUUAUGAAGUAAUUCAGAUGGCUCAUGAUAAAGCAAACAAAAAAGAGGGUAAGCAAGAAGGAUUCUUGAAUCCAUUAGAAAAAGUAGAUCUACCUUUAUACAUCUACCAUGUGGAUCAUUUAGGACCACUAGAAUCUACACAUAAGAAUUACAAUCAUAUUUUUGCGGUCAUUGAUAGUUUUACAAAACGUAAGAAAGCUGUAGAAUAUAAGUUAGGUAAUUUAGUAGCAAUUAAGCGCGUUCAGUUAGGACUAGGCCGAAAAUUGCGUGCGAAAUACUUAGGACCUUACAAGAUAUGUAAAAUUAAACCAAAUAAGACUUAUGAUGUAAAGCGAAUAGAUACUGGAGAAGGUCCUGCUUUAACAAGUACCUGCGCAGAAUAUUUAAAGCCUUGGUCAAAUAUUAAUAAUAUCAUCGAGGGCGAUGAUUAA